UGAUCAGUAGAAACAGAACAAAAGGACUGGGUCUCGCUAUUUCACUCAGGCUGAACUACAGCGUCUAUUCACGGGCGCGAUCCCGCUACUGAGCGGCAUGGGGGCUUUGACCUGCUCCGUUUCCGACCUGGGCCGGUGCACCCCUCCUUAGACGACCUGGUACCCCCGGGCUCCCCCAGGAGCACCAUAUCGAUACCGAACUUAGCGCGGACACCCGCUCGACACAGUCCACUGCAGCUCAGAGCCCCUGAGCUCAAACCAUCCGCCAGCCUCAGCCUCCCGGUGACUUGGAUUACAGGCGCGCGCCACCGCACCCGGCGAUAAAUCCCCCGCUCAGGGAGGGUUUAGGUGGGGGUGUUACCGAUGUGACGUCAUCAGGUUUUACGUUCCAGCGACACCUGGCGACAGAAUAGUAAACAGCAGAUAAAGGUUGAGCAAAUUUACACAGACCCUCAAACCUUAUUUUAAUUUAAAAAAUACUUUAAAAUGCUGUGUAAAUUAAUAUUAUCAUCAUACUCUCUGUUUAUCUCUCUGUUCAUUUUCUCUGUGUCACAUGAUUCAGUAACUUCUUUCACAGAGUAACUGCUCCACCAACAUGUAAACCACAGGAGAAGAAUCUACUGCCACUCUCAGGAUGCCGCUGGAGCGCGCUACGUGAUGACCGAAGAAUCAACCGACCAAUCAGCGUUUUGUCUGCCUUUGUUUACCUGUGUCGUCAUCAGCCGCGACCAGUGGCGAGGAGAAAAGAGAUCGGCAGAGAGAGUGGCGUUAACUCUGGGGUCGUAGUUUCGUCGCUUUUCAUUUGGAAAUGUAACUGAAGAGGUGUGGACGCUAAAACAAACUCUGGAGCUGUUUCUGUCGAACACGAUGAGACUGGACACUGAACACACCUGUGGCGGAGUUUGUGUGGAGGAGAAUAAAAACACUUUACACACCUCAAACUGAAAGUAGAAGUUUCCUUGUGAGCGAUCGUUCGGAGGAGAAAAGAGACAAACUGGUGAUUUAAAGAAGAAUCAAACGUUCUUCUUUGUGAGGAUGAAGGUGUUCCUGGUGUUUGUGAUCCUCGUGCACGUUUCACAGGCCUCAGGUGUUGAGGUGUAUGAGGGGGCGGAGUCUGUCCUGCUGCCAUGCCUGAUAUCCAGGAUACCUGAGGAUCCCGUGGUGGUGUGGAGCCGCCUCGAUCUCAACCCUGCGACCGUCCACCAGCACCGGGAGGAAGGCGGUGAUCCCGGUAUCCAAAACCAGCGUUACAGCAGCCGCACGGCCAUGUCCACUGUCGCCCUGGAAACCGGAGACCUCAGCCUCACUCUGAACAAGCCCCGCCUCUGUGACAGCGGCAGCUACACCUGCAGCGUCCGCAGCGGCGAACACGAAGUGAGACGGGUUGAUGUCCAGCUGCAGGUCAAAGAGUCGUUCACGUUCCCAGCUGAGGCCUUGGCUCUCCUGGUUCUGCUGGUGGUCGUCGUCAUCGCUGCUGUGCUCACUGCUGUGUAUCUUUGGAACAACGUGAUCACAGUCUCCCGGGUGGAGGUGGAGGAGGGGCUGAAGUGUGUUAAGCUUCCCUGUAAAACCCUGGUUCAGCUGCCUGAGGACGUCACGGUGGAGUGGAGCCGCUCUGACCCUGAGCCCAUGAAGGUCCAUACCUACCAGAGCGGCAACGACGGCCGUGUCAGACAGGACGAGUUUUACAGCGGCCGAACAAAGAUGGAGACCAACCCUGUAAACAGAGGGGAGCUGAGUCUGACCCUGAGUGACCCCUGCUACAGAGACAGUGGCACCUACAUCUGCACCGUCCACAAGGACCGAGACGUCUGGGUGCAGAGUGGUACGGCUCCGGGUCAAAGUCGUCCUGGAGGUGGUGGAGGUCGGGGAGUGGGCUGAGUCCGUCACACUGCCCUUCACCACUUCAGCUGCGCUGCCUCAGGAUGCAGCAGUGGAAUGGAGACGCUCCGAACCCAAAACCAUGGUGAUGUAUGUGUAUGAGGGCGGAAGAGAGCAGCCGGAGCAACAGGAGGAGUAUUACCGCGGCCGCACAAAGAUGAACGACAACCCGCUGCGAUCAGGAGACCUCAGUGUGACCAUGUACAACUCCGGCUACAGUGACAGAGGAACCUACGUCUGCACCGUCCACAGAGACGGACACAUCCUGACACAGAAGACCGUGCUGUACCAGGUCAAAGUCUCCAAGGUGAAGGAGCAGUCUGCUACAGCUGAGCUGCUGGAGGAGGCAGCAGUGGAGUCACUGUGACCAGACCAGACCAGGAGGACCCUGACAGACCGGACGAGGUCUAACACCACUGCACCAAGAUGAAGAGAGACCUGCUGAAGACUCCUCAGUCUGACCCUGAGUGACCCUGAAGUACUCUGAUCCUUUACUGAAGUAAAAGUACUAAGACCACACUGUAAAAAUACACGGAAAAGUCCUGCAUUGAAAAUGUUUCUGAAGCUAAAGGAUGUGAGUGUAAUGAGGAAAAUGAAGCAACCCUCCACAGUCCACAGGUUCCUCUGUGACCUGAGGCUCAGACUGAGGCUCAGUGAAGGGACAGAUGUGUUGCUUCUGUACCACACACACAUUGAUCCUCUCCUCGUCAGGAGUUCUGAUUUCUGAGCUGAAGUUACCGACAGAAGUCUGAGCUCUCUGGACUCUGUAUGAAGAACAUCUGUUCAGGAGGCUCC